AUGGUUAUGCUUAUUGUCGUCGCCGCUGUUGUCUUGGCACUCAUGGCCGUUUUGGCGAUGGAAGAAGAAGAAGCCAAAUUUUAG